AGCACCAGGCCACUUCAUCCCCCAUUGGAGUGUUCCCCAGUGCUGGGGGCUGAGCCAGCACUGCCCCCACUGCACCUCUCAGCCCCCGGACGAGAUGGCCGCCCUCAUCGCUGAGAACUUCCGCUUCCUCUCCUUGUUCUUCAAGAGCAAAGAUGUGAUGAUUUUCAAUGGUUUGGUGGCCCUGGGCACGGUGGGGAGCGAGGAGCUCUUCUCUGUUGUCGCCUUCAACUGUCCAUGCUCCCCUGCCCGCAACUACAUCUAUGGGCUGGCUGCUAUCGGUGUCCCGGCCCUGGCCCUCUUCCUCAUUGGUGUCAUCUGGAACAACCACACCUGGAACCUGGUGGCCGAGUGCCACAAGCGUGGCACCAAGAACUUCUCUGCUGCUGCCACCUUCCUCCUCUUCGGCUCCAUCAUGGGCCGGGCAUCUGUGGCACCCAUCACAUGGUCAGUCAUCUCGCUGCUGCGUGGGGAAGCUUACAUCUGUGCCCUCAGCGAGUUUGUCAAGCCGUCCUCCCUGGACAAGUUUCCAGCUGAGUAUGGAGCCGAGGUGCUGGCCAAGUUCCCCUGUAGAGACGUCCCAGCAAACCUCACCAAGUUCAGGGACGAGGUGACACGGAGGCUGAGAUAUGAGUCCCAGCUCUUCGGCUGGCUGCUCAUUGGCAUCGUUGCGGUCCUGGUUUUCCUCACCAAGUGUCUGAAGCACUGCUGCUCACCAUUGAGCUACCGGCAGGAGGCCUACUGGGCCCAGUACCGCUCCAACGAGGACAAGCUCUUCCGACGCACGGCCGAGGUCCACUCCAGGAUCCUGGCAGCCAAGAAUGUGAAACAAUUCUUUGGCUUUGUGGCACUGGACAAGGAGGAGAAGGAGCUGGUGCAGGAGUUCCCGGUGGAGGGCGUCCAGCCGAGCCCCCAGUGGAAUGCCAUCACAGGUGUCUACAUCUACCGAGAGAACAAGGGCUUCCCCCUCUACAGCCGCCUCCACAAAUGGGCCAAAGGGGUGGAAGGGAACGGACCAACCCCAGAAGGCCACGAACUGCUGUUUUUAGCUUCCUAAGACAGAUGUGCACCAGCAGCACUUCCCCAGGGUGCCUGGAAGGCUUUCCAGUAUCGGUGCUCAGCUGAGGGAUGCACUGGGAACAUUCCUCCCAGCAGGAUUACUUCUCUCAAGAGGUAAACAGGAAUCAACAGCCUCAAGGCAGAGACUGAUAAGCAAUACCCCGAGGAACCCCUCCCUCAGAGACAAGUCUCACUGCUGUUCCCAGAGACACAAGGGAGCAAAGAGCAGAUGCAGCCCUUACGUCCAGGCUGCCAGUGCAGCCACUGCCUGAUACACCAGCAGAAGCCUUAGGGAGCAAGAGAUGAGCACAUUUCUCACUGUGACUCCUGCAGUCACACUUGCCUCCCCCACAGCAGGGUUAGCCCCAGCCAUCCCACAUCUAUUUGUUUUAUUGACAUUGAUAUCUUCUUAUACACUUGUGUGAUGCCUGUUACACAGGCAGGUCCCAGAGCACUUUACAGUGCAGUUAAAAGAAGGAAGCAGUGGGUAAAUUCCUGGGGCGAGGAGGUUGCAAUAGCAUCUGAGAAGGGAUGGGUCAAUAAUAGCCACACACCAAAUAACAGAGACUAAAGCAGGAGGUAUCACCACUAUUCCUGGUAUUCAGAAAGGCACUCUGUAAUUACCAAGUUGAAAUUUGGGUAAGACACCAAACUCCCUUUGUUCUUAAUGAAGUGCCUGGCAAUCUCUAAUGAGCCCAAAGAGUCACCACCAUGAGUCUAUAAACCCAGAGGAGGCACUAUCAGCAGAACAGCUUUGGGGCAAGGUAGUGAGGUGGAGACUGAGAGGAAUCAGUACCCACAGCACUGUCUGCAACUCAUUGCAUUUCUCAUCCAGCUGUCAGAUGAGAGUCCUUUGUUUGGGUUACAAGCUGCUGGAACACCUCAACCAGAAUUAGCUUUAUAUAUAUGUAUAUGUAAAGAUACAUACAGUGCAUAUACCAAGUAACCAUAGUUAGUCAGUUGUAUUAACGGAGGACCUUUCUCAGAGAGGAAGGGGAUAAGAAAGCUGCCAGCCCAAAGAGCACAUUCCAUUCACCCAUCUGCAGCACGGGGACUGCAGCCCUGGAGCAACAAGGGGACAGCAGGAACAGGAUGGAGGAGCAGCCCUCUCCCUACCCAUCUACCACUGAAUUUUCUAAAACUCUUUCCACUGCCUUAAUUGGCCCCUGGAGCAGAAUGUCUCUAUUAUGGCCCUGGCCAUCCUCUGGGAAAGCAAAACCAGAAAGGUGUAAAAUUACUACCCUCACCAUGACAGUCUGUGACUAUGGCUUCAAGGCUGCUCCCCUGGCAUUGCAGUCCCUUUUCUCCCAGGGGUCAGUCCUGUGUACUCAAUACUGUUUAAAGAGCUGGCACAACAGAGAAGUUUGUUUUUCCUACUUGAACUGUUUCAUUAUAGGUACAACUUCCUUUUACACUGUGCCAUUUACCAAAAAACCUGAAUAAGUUGUUCAAAAACCAGCUCAAACCCACAGAACUCAGAGGGGCUUACACACAAGGAGAUUCAAAAUAAAUUAUUAAAUGAGAGUUAUUUUUCAUUGCCUUCUGAGUUUUUUUCAGGGGGGUAUAAAAGGCAUAAUUUAACAUUCUCUUUGAACUCAAGGACUGGGAACUUAUUUUUUUUCUUUCUAUUAAAGAUUCAGACCCUCUCCUAUUCAGACCAUCCUAGAAUGUUUUAAAGCAUUACCAUGUAUUACAAAUUAGUAACAUGGCUUUCUAGUUAUUUUUGCAGUGAGUAGCACAAAUCUUGUAUAUUUUGCUGCAAUACACGAUUGCAGCAAAGGAAAGAAAAUUAGUUUAAAAGCUUUUGACAAGUAUGGUGUCUUGCAAGAAUGAGCUGCAGACUAUUCCCUCACAUAAAGAGGCUGGAACACAGCUCAAUGGAUGAGAUCCCAGGAUCCCUGUUCAGCCUCUCUACAGAUUUGCUUUGCAUUUGUGGGAAGGCUUGGCUCUCAGCCUCACCAUCAACUAAUCCACAGAAAUAAUCAGAUGGAAGUUAAAUGAAAUUGCAUUAACUUGAGAUGAAAGGGAGUUAAUUUGCAUUUCUUCUCACUGGUCCUCGAGUGCAAACAUGCAGAUACGCACGCCACCCCCACACAGCCAACACAAGGUAACUUGCUGAAACAAAGCAGAGUUCUUCUUACUUCCUUUAUUUCCCUUGCCUUCCUCCUUGAUAGUCUUAAUUAUUCCUUUGAACCACCUCUACUCUGGUUCCUUCUCUUCCCCUUCCUUCCUUUGAAGGAAAGGGG